CACAUCAGAUAGUACGGACAUCAGAUUAGGUCAAGCUGAGCAGAGAAAAAACAGCCAGUGAUCGAUCCGAGGCACCAAGAACAAUGGCGGCCCAGGCACCGGCGAUCGAGGUUCCCACUGAUGCCGAGCUGCUGCAGGCUCAGGCCGACCUGUGGCGCCACACCCUCUACUACCUCACCUCCAUGGGGCUCCGCUGCGCCGUCAAGCUCGGCAUCCCGACGGCCAUGCACAACCUCGGCGGGGUCACCUCGCUGCCCGACCUGGCGGCCGCGCUCUCCAUCCCCGCAAGCAAGCAGCCGUUCCUCGGCCGCCUGAUGCGCGCGCUGGUCACCUCAGGCGUCUUCGCCGCCGGCGGCAAGGACGAUUCCGGGGCGGAGCUCUUCCGUCUCAACCCACUGUCCCGUGUCCUGGUGGAUGGUGUCGAUGCGGACGAACACCACAGCCAGACGUCCUUCGUGCUCGCCGGCACGUCGCCGCACUACAUGGAGGCCGCGCUGGGGAUGGCCGACUGGUUCAAGAAGGACGUCACCGGACCGGUGCCAUCGGUGUUCGAGGACGUGCAUAGCGCGUCUCUCUUCGACGAGACCACGGCGGCCCUGGACCCGGAGCUCGACGCGCUGGUCACCGAAGGUCUGGAAGCCCACGACAACCUUGGGAUCGGCACCAUCAUGCGUGAGUGCCAUGACCUCUUCAAGGGGCUCGAGUCUCUGACAGACUGCUGUGGUGGAGACGGAAAGACGGCGAGGGCCAUCACCAAGGCCCACCCGCACGUCAAGUGCACCGUGCUGGACCUCCCCAAGGUGAUCGAAAAAACUCCAUCUGACUGUGUGGUCAACUAUGUCGCCGGUGACCUGUUCCACACCGUCCCAAAGGCCCAGGCGGUGAUGCUCAAGCUUGUGCUGCACCACUGGAGUGACGACGAUUGUGUGAAGAUCCUAACCCAAUGUAAGAAUGCCAUUCCUUCCCGCGAGGAGGGAGGGAAGGUGAUCGUCAUUGAUAUUUUGGUCGAACCAUCAUUAGGACCUGUCAUGUUUGAGGCCCAGACUCUCAUGGACAUGCUCAUGCUUGUCUUCACAAGAGGCCGUCAACGUAGCGAAAAUGACUGGCGUGACCUCUUCAUGAAAGCAGGCUUCACCGACUACAAAAUUAUCAAGAAACUCGGUGCACGAGGUGUCAUCGAGGUCUACAAGUGAAGCGUUUAUCAAAAGUUUAUCCAAAAGGCGUAGCCUUGUAGUGUGUUUUGUUUAUGUAUGUAUGGGUGGUGUGCUCCGAUGACAAAAAAUAAGGGGAGUUCCUUAUUAUGUUUGCAAGGAUAUUACUAUCAUGUAGUAACAGCUACAGUGACAAGCUUGUAAUUUCUAUCAUCUUUAAUUUGUAUCAUUUCCUUUUUGAAGUAUUAAAUAAUAAGUCUAUUUGUGUA